AUGUCUGCCAUAAAGUAUGCCUUCUUGGCUACAGCAGCCCUACAAGCUGUUAGCGCUCAUGGGACAGUCAACGGUAUUAUGGCAGAUGGAGUCUUCUACGAGGGUUACAGCCCGCAGAUGCAAUACAAGAAGCCGCCACCACAAGUUGUAGGCUGGUCCAUCCCCAAGGACCUGUCCAACGGCUUCGUUGCCGUCGAUAAGUACGCAGACCCAGACAUCAUCUGCCAUGUCGGCGCCGAGCCCGCACCCAUCGCCGCCAAGGUAACAGCCGGCUCCAACGUCACCGUCUUCUGGACCGACUGGCCCGAGUCUCACCACGGGCCCAUGAUGGACUACCUAGCCCCCUGUAACGGUGACUGCGCCAAGGUCAAGAAGGAGGAUCUCGAGUUUUUCAAGAUCGACGCCGUCGGCCUGGUCGAUGGAUCCAAAGCGCCGGGGAAGUGGGGUUCGGACGACAUGCUCCAGAACAACAAGUCGUGGACGAUGACGAUUCCGGCAAACAUCGCCCCUGGACAAUACGUCCUCCGCCACGAGACCAUCGCGUUGCACGAGGCGGGACGUGAGGGCGGUGCGCAGAACUACCCCCAGUGUGUCAAUCUCGACGUCCAGGGUGGAGGAUCCGAGAAGCCCAAGGGCGUCAAGGCGACGGCGCUGUAUAAGUCCGGCGACGAUGGUAUCAAGUUCAACAUCUACAAGGACAACCUCGAGUACCCGGUUCCCGGACCGCCGAUGAUGGGCCAGGAACAGAAGCCCACCCGACGCAGGAGGAGGGUAACCGUCAUCUACUGA